CCUUUAUUCCGACAAACACCACCAUCACACUUCACACCAGCAGAAGAAGAAAAAAGAGGAAAUAUACCGAAAUUACCCUUUCAAGUACAUGCUCUAACCCUAAUUCCUAUGGCGUUUUCUUCGUUAACGCUCUCCCGCUGCAAUUCCAAGGACCAUCUAUAUCCAACUGCCGGGAUAUCCGAAGCCCCAGAAGAUUCGGACGGUUGGCAUUUCAUCCAGGAUCGCUGCCUGCAAUCCCCAAUUACCAGCGCCAGAAAGAAUCGGAAGAGGUUGGUCCGAGGCGCAGGAUUGGGAAGACUCAAGAAGGGGGAAUUGGCAUUGGAGGAUCAUGUGAGGACUUGGAUGGAGAAGAAGGUGGUGUCGGGAGUCCCGGAAGGAGAAUGCCGGCUUCCAUUUCUUUCUAACGACCCAAGAAUGGUUGAAUGUCGCUUGUGCAGUAAAUUUAUCUACUCCGGGGAAGGAGUCUUUUGCUAUUCUCGUUGUUGUCGAGCAGCCUAUCACAUAAAAUGCGCUAAGGAAAGACUUGGAUUUUCUAGCUGUCGAAGUUUUAAGUGCCCUCAACAUGCUUGCUUCAUUUGCAAUAAAAGGGGACAUUGGCGUUGCAUCAGAUGUACGAUAGCAGCACAUUCUAAAUGUGCACCUUGGCCAGAUAAUAUUAUCUAUCCCAUCAAUCAACCACGACAAGCUGUUUGUUGGAAGCAUCCCACCGAUUGGCGGUUGGAAAAGAAGCAUGCAGUUGCCACGAGUGACAUCGAGGAAGUAUUCUGCCGCUUGCCUCUCCCUUACAUUGAUGAGGAAUUUAAGAUUGACUUCAUCUGGAAGGACAUUAUGGAGAAUGAAAUGGAGCCAACUCCAUACAUAGAUAUCAGGCGUAAUGUGUACCUUGUCAAGAAGCAACUUGAUGAUGCUGAUACCAAUGUUGGUUGCACAAAAUGCAGUACCAUGUCAAUGUGUGCAGAGGAUUGCAUAUGCAGGCUUCAAUCUAUGAGCUGCUCAAAGGCUUGCUAUUGUUCAGAGAUGUGCACAAACAGACCAUUCCGCAAAAAGAAAAAGGUUAAAGUUGUCAAGACUCAAUUUUGUGGAUGGGGAGCAGAGGCAGGUGAAUCCAUUAAUAAAGGGGAUUUUGUCAUGGAAUAUAUUGGGGAAGUUAUUGAUGACACCUUGUGUAAGCAAAGACUUUGGGACAUGAAAUGCACAGGCCACCAGAACUUUUACAUGUGCUCAAUUCGGAAGGACUUCACAAUUGAUGCAACUUUCAAGGGAAAUGCUUGUCGGUUCUUGAAUCAUAGCUGCAAUCCUAACUGUAACUUGGAAAAAUGGCAAGUUCAUGGGGAGACACGUGUUGGUGUGUUUGCAUCUCAGUCAAUAGAAGCAGGGGAACCGUUAACAUAUGACUACAGAUUCGUGCAUUUCGGGUCCAAGGUGGAGUGUUGCUGUGGCUCUCCAAACUGCCAAGGCUAUCUCGGUAGGAAGGCAAAGUCUGAUAAGAUGAACUUGUGCUGGGGAAGCGAACACAAGAGAUCAGCAGAGCUUGUGACACCAAGGAAAUGAUUCUUUUCAUGCAUAUACAUCGAGGCAGCCAACCAGAUGAAAAUGCCCUGCGCUCUUUGUUACUUUAGUUACUUGUGUAUCUUGUUGCAGCAAUAGUCAUAACCAUUGAGCUUUUAUUUUAUUUAAAAAUUCUCAUUUGUAUUUUUCCAGCACUUCUUAUUUUUCUUUCAUGUCUGUAACAUUUUCAAAAUGUCUAAGGAACACUUGAGAAUUUACUGAAAUUCCCCUCUUUAUUGUAAAACAUGUUCUAUUUGACAGAAAUUUAUAUUACCCAAAAAAGAAAUGAUGUGAAUUUCUAUAGGAAUGAAAAGAGUGGCUUUCUUUGGUA